AUGCGCGCCAACGUCUUCUGCCUCCUCUCUGCUCUCGUCGCCUGCGCUGCGGGCAUGGCCGCCCCCAAUGCGGCUGUGGUGACGACCGCUGUGGGGAUCCACCCCGGCAACAACUACGGCGCGCCGAUCCCGCCCUGGGAGACCGGCUGCCAGCCCGGUUGGUACUACGGCCAGCCAAGCAACGCGCCCGCCGAGCUCGCGUCGCUGGUGUACUCUGUUGGCAGUCUCUUCGGCACUCUGCUGUGCGAUCUCCUGCGCCUGCUGCUGGGAUGCGCGUUCUGCCCGUCCGGGCCGCCCCCGCCGACGAUGCUUCCGGGCAGCGGCGCCCCGUAUAGCAAGCCGCCACCCCCGCCGCCUGCUCCCUACGGCUACAGCUAUGGGUUCCAGAAUCUCACGUGCGCGAUCCAGAUCUUCGUGCCGGCCAAUGCGUACGAGACGUUCGGUCUGGUCGAUUCUCCGCAGGCCUGUGCCGACAUGUGCACUGCGAACCAAGACUGCUGGAGUGCGAACUAUUACCACGACAACAACAGCAUCAAAAGCUCGCCGCUGCUCACGUGCUCGCUGUUCCGUGUCGUUGCGACUCAAAAGGACGCCAUCAACUGUGGCCAGCAGCAGCAGCUCGGCCCGCAGGGCCCUCAGAACUCGAUCACCUCCAGCUAUCUGCUUAUCAAGUCCGGCCAUUAGGCCCAUCCGCUCUCUUUUCUAAAUAUGUUUAUUUACACCUGUCCUCCCUAUUAAUGUCCCGCUUUAAAAUCCACGGCGAUUGCCUGUUUGACUUUGUGAA